AUGGCUAAGCUCACCAUGCCCUUUCAUCAAGUUCUUCAAUUGCUUUUCUUUAUCUUUUCAUGCCUGUUCUUCGUUACCAUUCAAAGCAGACAUCAUUAUGGCCACUCAGAACAGGAGCAAUUCCACAUUGUGUCUCAUGUUUCUCUUCCUCCUUCACUUGCACCAGAAGCUGCUGUUGCUCGUCCAAGUUACAGUGUCUUCAAUGUACUUGAUUUUGGUGCUGUUGGGGAUGGAGUCACUGAUGAUACUCAAGCAUUUAAGUUGGCUUGGGACAUGGCAUGCCAAAUUAAAUCAGCUGUUCUUCUAGUUCCUGAUGGCUAUUCCUUUAUGUUACAAUCUACAAUCUUUGCAGGACCUUGUAAGACUGUUGGCCUUGUGUUUCGGAUUGAUGGAAUUAUAAUGCCACCUGAUGGACCUGAUUCUUGGCCAAGAAAUAUCAGCAAACGACAAUGGCUAGUCUUCUAUAGAAUCAACGGGAUGUCAAUGCAAGGUGGUGGCCUUGUAGAUGGCAAGGGAGAGAAUUGGUGGAAUCUUCCCUGCAAGCCUCACAAAGGAGUUAAUGGAACAACAAUGUCUGGCCCCUGUGAUAGCCCUGUAGCUAUAAGGUUUUUCAUGAGCUCUAACUUGACAGUUAAAGGACUUAAAAUCAAGAACGGUCCACAGUUCCAUUUCCGGUUUGAUGCCUGCCAUGGCGUUCGUGUAGAAUCGCUAACCAUCAAAGCACCAGCCCAAAGUCCCAACACAGAUGGAAUUCACAUUGAGAACACAAAUAAUGUGCAGAUUUAUAAUUCCAUCAUAUCCAACGGUGAUGAUUGUAUAUCAAUUGGAGCUGGUUGCUAUGAUGUUGAUAUAAACAACAUAACUUGUGGUCCAAGUCAUGGAAUAAGCAUUGGUAGUCUCGGCAUCAAUAAAUCACGUGCCUGCGUUUCAAACAUCAGCGUUUCGGAUUCUGUCAUACAACAUUCCAAUAACGGCAUUCGAAUUAAAACCUGGCAAGGCGGCUCCGGUUGCGUGUCAAAAGUUGAAUUCAGUAACAUCCAUAUGGAAGCUGUUCGGAAUCCGAUUAUCAUAGAUCAAUACUACUGCCUCACCAAAAACUGCAGUAACCAAACGAGUGCAGUUGUUAUUAAUGACAUUUCCUACAGUAAUAUUAAGGGUUCAUUUGAUGUUAGAAGUCCACCAAUGAGUUUUGCUUGUAGUGACUCAAUUCCAUGCACAAACCUUAAACUGACACAAGUAGAGCUGCUACCUGCUGCCAAAGGUCGCACUGUGGCAAAUCCCUUUUGCUGGAAUGCUUAUGGAACUGUCCUCAAACAAACUAUUCCACCAAUUUAUUGCUUGAUGGAGGAAACUAAUGCCACAAUUGAUAACACACUAUUAUGUGGAUAGUUGUUGAAUCACAUGGUCAUGUAAAAUAUAUAAGAUUAAUCAGCUGUCUAAGUACCUAAAGGAAUAGAUCAAGAAAGAAGAAAAUGAUGGAUUCUCAAGUUGUAUGAAAUUCAAUCCAGUGCUAGGAAAAAAGCCUUAUCUUAUUAUGGCAUUUCAUACCAGAAAUUCCUUUCUUUCUUGAUUAGUAAAAAAUCUGAACCGGAGAUGCCAUAGAGCUAAGUGGAUCUCAGCUCUCAGUUCAUACGGCAGGACGUUGAC